AUGCCUGCAGUAGGGAUAGCUGUUGGUGACAACAAAAAGGAGUAUCCGGGCAACCUUACUCCUUUUGUCACUGUAACAUGUAUUGUUGCAGCCAUGGGUGGUUUGAUCUUUGGUUACGAUAUUGGGAUUUCUGGUGGUGUUACGUCCAUGCCAUCAUUCUUGAGGAAGUUUUUUCCAUCUGUUUACCGUAAACAGCAGCAAGACGCGACAACAAACCAGUACUGUCAAUAUGAUAGCCAAACACUAACCAUGUUCACUUCUUCUCUGUAUUUGGCUGCUUUAUCGUCAUCAAUUGUGGCAUCCACAAUUACUCGUAAAUUUGGAAGGAAACUCUCCAUGUUGUUUGGAGGUGUUCUCUUUUGUGCUGGUGCCAUCAUAAAUGGUGCUGCUAAAGCUGUAUGGAUGCUGAUUCUUGGUAGAAUCUUGCUUGGUUUUGGUAUAGGUUUUGCCAAUCAGUCUGUGCCACUCUACCUCUCUGAGAUGGCUCCAUACAAGUUCAGAGGAGCGCUCAACAUUGGUUUUCAGUUAUCAAUCACAGUUGGUAUCCUUGUUGCCAACGUGUUGAACUAUUUCUUUGCUAAAAUCCAUGGUGGUUGGGGAUGGAGAUUGAGCUUGGGUGGUGCUAUGGUUCCUGCCCUUAUAAUCACAGUUGGUUCAUUAGUCCUUCCAGACACACCAAACUCCAUGAUCGAACGCGGCCAGCACGACGAGGCUAGAACGAAGCUGAAAAGAGUUCGUGGUGUCGAUGAUGUUGACGAGGAGUUUAAUGACCUUAUUGCUGCUAGUGAAGCUUCAAAGAAAGUAGAACAUCCUUGGAGAAAUUUGUUGCAGAGAAAGUAUAGGCCUCACCUAACUAUGGCCAUAAUGAUUCCUUUCUUUCAGCAGCUAACCGGCAUUAACGUCAUCAUGUUUUACGCUCCUGUUUUGUUCAACACAAUUGGUUUUGGUAGCAAUGCUUCACUCAUGUCUGCUGUGAUCACUGGUAUUGUUAAUGUUGUUGCCACCAUGGUUUCGAUCUAUGGUGUUGAUAAAUGGGGAAGAAGGUUUCUUUUCCUUGAAGGUGGUGUUCAGAUGUUGAUAUGCCAAGCAGUGGUAGCAGCUUGUAUUGGAGCCAAGUUUGGAACUGAUGGGAACCCUGGUGAAUUGCCCAAGUGGUACGCUAUAGUUGUGGUGCUUUUCAUUUGUAUUUACGUCGCUGGAUUCGCAUGGUCUUGGGGUCCUCUUGGAUGGUUGGUGCCAAGUGAAAUUUUCCCAUUGGAAAUCCGAUCUGCUGCGCAAAGUGUCAAUGUGUCUGUGAACAUGCUUUUCACUUUCAUCGUUGCCCAAAUAUUCCUAACAAUGCUUUGCCACUUGAAGUUCGGGCUGUUCCUCUUCUUUGCGUUCUUUGUGGUGCUCAUGUCCAUCUUUGUCUACUACUUCUUGCCUGAGACAAAGGGCAUUCCGAUUGAAGAGAUGGGACAAGUAUGGAAGGCACACUGGUUCUGGUCAAGAUUUGUUGCCGGGGAAGAUUAUCCCAAUGGCGGAGACUAUGAGAUGAGCAAGGGAGGACUAGGUCCAAAGAUUGUGUAG